AUGGCGUCCCUGGGAAGAGUCGUGCAGGCAUGUGAGCGAUGUAGAAAACAGAAGCUCAAAUGCGAUGCCACGAGACCUUGUACACUAUGUCUGCGCGCUUCAGCAGAAUGCAAGCCUCGGCAGGUGUUGGGCAAACGAAAGGCAAGCCAGGAUGCGCCGCCUCGAGAAAUCGUCGUCACGUUCCCCCCGGAACCUAGCAAAAACCCUUCUGAGCUUGAUUUUAACAGGUCCAAGCAAUCGGAAAGACGAGCAACGGAUGAUCUGAUACCUGCUUCUAGUCCGACAGAGCAGCAACAGUUUGGCGCAAACAGUUCAGUUAUUAAUUUCGCCAGAAAUGUCGCCAGGGACCAUGAUCUCGAGUCACCAGAUCUGAGCUCGACAAUUCCUGGCGACGCGGGAGAUAUCCGAGAAAUUGGUUCAGCAUGGGGUCUCAGGGGGAUGCAAAUGCCUCCCCUACCCAUCAUGCGGUCUCUGAUCCAAGCCUACUUUGACCGGGUACAAUGGUUCAUCUUCUUGUUCCAUGAGCCCAGCUUUGUCGCUCGGGUCGAGUCUGUCCUUCGCAAGCACCAAUGGACCAGGCAAGACCUGCCUAUCGUGGUGGUUGCCAUUACUGUUGCUGCCAUGGGCCUCAAAUGUGUCCUGCACGAUUCUUCCUGGCAUGGGCAUCAACGUUUAGAAUCGGAGGGUUUGAAUUCGAGAGCAUUACUUGCCGAUUUCAUUUCUGAGAUUCGAAUACAUAUGUUGGACCUGGUCGACGAUGGCCAGAUCGAGACCGUUCAAGUUUGUCUCAUCUUGGGCACGUACUACAUCUACAACGGUUCCGCACAUGCCGCCUGGAGUAUUCUCUCUCUCGCCGUAAGCACAGCCUAUGCUCUUGCAUUACAUUGCGAGAGUCCCCUCGAUGAUCAUGAUGUGGAACUACAAGUUCGCCGACGGACUUGGAAUCACGUUAUUAUAGCAGACACAUUCUCCUCGAUGAUAUACGGCAGACCAACAGGCCUGGAUGCCGCCUUCGCACGGGUUCAGCCACUUUGCGAGAUGGAUGACACUGCCAUUAAUGGACCCGUGCCCCGAUCAGGAGAGGAUAUUGCUCCACACGGAACACGCUCGACGCUAGCUUUUCAUGUCCUUAAAUAUCGACUCUACUCAAUUACCAAGCACGCUCUAUCGACCCUUCGUCUUCUAAGACUCAAUAACCCAUUAUCAGAAGAAGAUGCCAACUCACUGUUGGACACAAUCCGUCAAACUGAGCAUCAGCUCUCGGACUGGCACAGUCAAAUACCCGAUUUCCUCACUAUGGAAUUCUACAACACUGGUUUCCGCGAUACGGACGCGUCCCAAAUGCUUCCAAGUCAGAAUUCUCCCACAACAAACCAAACUGACAGAAUUUUAAUGCUUCAGGCCAUAACGCUCCAGGCCACCUACGAUAGUAGCGUCAUAUUUCUGCGCCGACCGCUCAUCGAACAUAGAUUGAAUCUAAACGGCGCAACCGGUGGUACAACAUCUGGUUCAGAGUACCGGGAAAGAUCUCUGGACAUCGCAAUCGAGGCUGCUCUGAGGAUCUCUCGCUUGCCUUUGGGCGAGCUAGAACACCAUCUUGUACUAUCCUUUGUUUUCAUGCAUUUCUUUACAGCAGGAGUCAUCCUAUGCAUCGUCCCUCCGACAGAGCCGUUCAGCCCUCGCUCGCAAGAGUGUAAGUCUGGGGUAAUGCGUAUCAUCAGAACUAGUCGAGCACACGGAAAUAGCAGCAAGAUGGCGAAGCAUCUCGACGAAUUACUUACACCCCUUUUGAGUGCUACGAUCCAGCGCGAACUGAACAAUGCUCUCGAUCCGCAAUCAGUCGCUCUCAACACAGAAUCCAUAGGCCAGUCUGCUCGAAUCCAGAACGAUGAACUAGGAACUGUUAUCCCCCGACGAAGCGAGCCUUUUCUGCUGGACCAAAGCAAUCCAUUUCCACCCCCUCAACAUUUCGUUGCCAAUGUUAGCAUGUCGUCUCCAACGAGAGAACCACUUCAACAGCAGUUCUCCCAAGACCUACCUCAGGCGAGCUAUCCGAACUCGGGCAUGACACAGGUGGAUAAUUCGGAUUUUCAGUUUGACGCACACCUGGAUGAAACAUUUGGUGCCUUUGGGCAGAGUGAGUCUUCCCUUUUCUGCAGGUCCCCGCAAUCGGGCCAAUUGUCUGACAAAACGACAGUGAUGUUCAACCUUCUACCUGACGAUCCAUACAGCCCUUGGAACUGGGGUGGGGCGCUCCGCUAG